CCCCCCCCCCCUCUCUAACUCCCCCCUCUCCGCCUCCUCCGCUAGGGACCAAGGAGGGCUUUUCAGCACUUGUUUAGGCAGCGUGCAAUGGACAGCACCACAAAGACGGAUGCUUGACAGAGAACUGACAGCCUUCCCAGGAACCGCCACCGCGACUCGGUCAGCAUUUUGUGGACUAAACCAUUUGGCGUAAACAAGUCGAAGACCCCGAAACACAGAGAGGCUUCUUAUACACCGCUUUAAAACACAACAGAUACGAUGGAAGAAGACAUGGAUGAGGGGCAGACCCAGAAGGGGUGCCUAGAAUGCUGUAUCAAAUGCCUGGGCGGGAUCCCCUACCCGUCGCUCAUUGCCACCAUCUUGUUGUACGCCGGUGUGGCUCUGUUUUGCGGAUGCGGCCACGAGGCUCUUUCUGGAACCGUCACCAUCCUACAGAAUUACUUUGAGGUGGUGCGCAGCCCCGUGGACGCAUUGGAUGUCUUCACCAUGAUUGACAUCAUUAAGUAUGUGAUCUACGGCGUGGCUUCGGCCUUCUUCGUGUAUGGCAUCCUGCUGAUGGUGGAGGGCUUCUUCACCAGCGGGGCCAUCAAAGACCUCUACGGAGACUUCAAGAUCACAACCUGUGGACGCUGUGUCAGUGCUUGGUUCAUCAUGCUGACAUACAUCUUCAUGCUGGCCUGGCUGGGUGUGACGGCGUUUACCUCCCUGCCCGUCUUCAUCUACUUCAACAUCUGGAGCAUUUGCCAAAAUGCCACCGUGCUGGAGGGCACCACGCUUUGCCUGGACCCGCGCCAGUACGGUAUCGUGGCUAUUAGUGAAGCAAAGACGGUGUGUGCCGGAUCUGAAAAGUUCUACAAGAUGUGCGAAUCCACUGAGCUGGACAUGACAUUCCACCUGUUCAUCUGCGCCCUCGCCGGAGCAGGAGCCGCUGUCAUCGCAAUGAUCCACUACUUGAUGGUGCUGUCGGCCAACUGGGCCUAUGUGAAGGACGCGUGCCGGAUGCAGAAGUACGAGGAUAUCAAGUCUAAGGAGGAGCAGGAGCUUCACGACAUCCACUCCACCCGCUCCAAGGAACGGCUCAACGCUUAUACAUAAAAAGCCGAGCUCGGGCACUCCCAAGGUGGAUGCGGGGGAGGGGCUUCCUCGCCACGACCACCAAUGUCACUGGUGCAUCACAUGACAAUGUGGUUUGGGCGAGGGUCCACCUCAGCCGCAAACAGCAUUUCAGCUAACAAAAAAGAAGCCCCCUUACCUCUCUCGUGGAUGGUGUUUGUUGUCAUUCUGGCAGUUGUUGAAAUAUGAGAACAGUCGUUUAGUGUCGAUUAGUAGGUGUCGUGUCGUUUGUAGAAUCACGAAUAGUACAAGGAGUGGAUUUUUUUUAAUGUUUUAAGCUUUUGCUUGUGAAAUAAUUAUUUUGCUGAGCCUUUUUUCCCUCCUCUUAACCCUCCUGUUAUGAUUGCUCACCGGUCAGUGUGACCCACUGCAUAUUUAAUAUAUGUAUAAUAAAUUUAAAACUGUUUGAAAAUAUUGAAAGAAAAUAACAAUACUGUUUGGAUUGUUUGGCACACCCAAAAUGUUCAUGGGUCAUUGUUACCCACUAUAUGUUUAGUCAUUUAAAACAAAAUAUGUUCAAAAAGAGAAGAAAAUAAAAAUAAGGCUAGCAAAAUAAGAGUAAAACUUUUUGAUCAACAUUUUUAUCUAUACAUAUUUUUUUGUUUUGAACAGGUCAGUGUGACCCGCAAUUUCUUCAAUUUAAAAAUAUGAAAACAACAGAUAGGGGGUGAUACUCUUUGUUUUAAUCUUUCUGAUAUAUUUUGAAACACCAUGUUUGUUCAAGGGUCAAUGUGACCCAUUGCUUGUUUGAAUAUUAUUUUUCUUUAAAAAACAAAUAAAAAAUAAGUCAGGCCAGCAAAAUAUUUUUUUUAUUUAAUUUGGGGAUUUUUUUUGCGUUUCUUUCAAAAGAAAUGUACACAAAAUUUUAAAUGUUAAAAUCGGUCAAUCUGACUCGCAAUAUCACAGGAGGUUUAAGAUAUUUCUUGUUGAGUUUUAGGUUGACACGUAAUUUAUUAUUGAUUCACGAGGAGGUCAACAGGGGCUUCAAAAAAGGUUCUUAAGCACAUUUAUCAUCUCAUGUGUGAUAUCGAUGUACUGUAUGUGAACGACUGAUGUAUUCCGGGGAAAAAAAUAAAAAAUAAAACACACAAUAAAAUGUUUGCCAGGGAUUAAAAUCACUAAUCACAAUACAAUAGCGACUUUAUAUUUUAAGAAAAAAAUAGCGACACAACAAUGAAUACCAAAAUCGAUCAAUGACUCGCUAGGUGUGCCAAGCCUGUUGAACAGGGAAAUUAUUUUUGGACUGAUACACAUGUAUUAAUGGGAUUAAAAUUGCGAGAAGGGAUCAUAUAUGAAUCUCUGAACUGUGAAUGAUUCCACUGUCACUAAAGCACAUGCUCUCAUAAGUCACUCUUUAUGAUUAUGACUGAUAAUGUUGUUUGAAUAAAUGUAGUUGGGUUUUUUUUUCUCUGCAGACUCUAAACUGUAUAUAGUGAUAUAUCAAAGCAUUCCAAUGUGUGGUUAAGCGCUACAACUAGAGUUAUGGAGAGAUAAGAACGUUGGUCCACUUAGAGGAGACAUAUUGUGCAGUGUGGUCACAAUUUUAGACAGUUAGUUCCCAGGUGUCUUCAGAAAAGGUUGCUGACAUUUUUGGGUUAAAAUAUCCUCGAAGCAUUAUUACACAAUUUUCUACUUGGUAUCGCUUGAUUUUCGGUCAUGGACGGAAAAAAUUGCGAGGGCGUAAUCAUGUAAAUUAGCCGUACUGUUCCGUAAUCUGGCAAAAUUACGAACGGUUUACGUGCGUUAUAAUUUUCUCCGCAAACAGAAUUUAACUAUUGAUUAAUUUCACACUUGAUGAGUGUACAGGUACUCCAGAGACCAAACUAUGUGUACACAAAAAAAAUGAAAGGUCAUUUUUCCAUAAUAUGUCUUCUUUAAGAAAACACUGAUUGUCGGAGAAGAUGUCUGACAGCUGAUUGGUUGUUGGGGAGGAAAAAUCCAAGACUGUAUUGUCAGUGUUUCAUUCGCUUAUACGAGUAUUUUCUGUGCUCUCAAUUGGAAAAUUGUACUGUUAGUAAAGACUGUGACUCUAGAUGUUAUUUGUGGCAUGGACAUGCAUUCAUAUACAGUAGUCGGGUUGACUUUAAAAGUUACUUUUAUCUCACGUUGUUAUUUAUCUUUUAUUUUAUUUUAUUUUUGGUUUACAUUUUGACACUUUUUGCCUGUCUUGCUGGACCAGCCCUUUUGUUUCAACGUGCAGUACUAAAACCUUCCAUAUAAUGAUGCUUCAUGCAACUGAUGUAGAGACGUAGUCGUUUGAGUUGUGAUUUAGUUUGUGAUGAGGAAACGUCCUAAAGCUUAAUACGUGUACUGACAUUGCUUACUAUGUAAUGAGCCCGCUCUUUCUCUUUCUCUUAUCGGCUUUCUCCUUGUAUUUGUCUUUUUGUACUUUCACUACCGAUGCUUCGUAGCCAGCUUUUCAUGAAAAUAAGGGCCGGGGGGGAGAUGAAUUUGUUUGGUAUACAUCCAUGUGCCAACAGCUCGAAAUGGCUUAUUUGACCUGUAUGAUCAAAUUUGCUCGCAUAAAUAAAAUUCACUUGUGUACUUGA